CAUCAUAUAAAGUACCAAAGUGUUUCUAAGUGUGUGCAGCAGGUCCUGGAGUCAGAACCGGUCCAGAGUUCUGCAGCAGAACAUGCUCCUGCAGCUGAUUUUGCGCUUUCAGCAAGAAAAAGAAAUCCUUUAAUCGCUCCUAGAGGCGGCGCACAGUGCGCAUGCGUCAACAUUCACCCAGCAGGUAAACUCCACCAUGGCGGCGAGAGGCCAUGUGCAGGAUCCCAACGACAGGAGACUCAGGCCGAUAUACGAUUAUCUUGAUAAUGGCAACAAUAAGAUGGCGAUCCAGCAGGCGGACAAGCUGCUGAAGAAACACAAGGACCUGCACUGUGCCAAGGUCCUGAAGGCGAUCGGUCUGCAGAGGACCGGGAAGCAGGAUGAAGCGUUUUCUCUGGCGCAGGAAGUGGCCACGCUGGAGCCGACUGAUGACAACUCACUACAAGCUCUGACCAUCCUGUACAGAGAGAUGCAUCGUCCGGAGUUGGUGGCGAAGCUGUACGAGGCGGCGGUGAAGAAGGUUCCUCUCAGCGAGGAGUAUCACUCGCACCUCUUCAUGGCGUACGCUCGCGUCGGGGAGUACAAGAAGAUGCAGCAGGCGGGAAUGGCCUUGUAUAAAAUCGUCCCCAAGAACCCGUACUACUUCUGGUCCGUCAUGAGUCUGGUGAUGCAGGCCAUCUCAGCACAGGAUGAGAAACUGUCCCAGACCAUGUUCCUGCCGCUGGCUGAACGCAUGGUGGAGAAAAUGGUGAAGGAGGAGAAGAUUGAAGCUGAAGCGGAGGUGCAGCUGUAUUUUAUGAUCCUGGAGCGUUUGGGGAAAUGUGUCGAGGCUCUGGACGUGAUCCGAGGCCCGCUGGGAGAGAAGCUGACCAGUGAGCUGCAGAGCCGAGAGAACAAGUGUAUGAUGCUCUACCAGAGGCUACAGCGUUGGCCCGAGUGCAACGCUUUGGCCCACAAGCUGCUGCUCAAAAAUCCUGACGACUGGCAGUUUUAUCCUUCCUACUUCGACUCUCUGUUCCACCUGAUCGAUCAGUCGUGGAGCCCGCCGGAAGAAGGCGAACACUGUCCGGAGGGCGCCGUCCAUCACACUGUGGCUGAGGUGGUGAGGUUCGUGGAGGACAGAAUCAAAGGAGAGGACGACAAAGACUCUCGAGCGCUCAGAGGACCUUACUUAGCUCGGCUCGAGUUGAUUCACAGACUGAGAGAGCGAGGCUGUCCUGAAGAAUCCCAGCUAGGAGAGCCUUUAGAGCUGAUGGUGCAGUUCUUUGGGAAGUUUGGGGACAAACCGUGCUGCAUCACCGACCUAAAAAUAUACCUCCACCUGCUCUCUGCUGAUCAACACGUUCAGUUCGUUAACCGUCUGAGUGAAGCGGUUCCUCUGGGCGAGCAGGGCGACGAGGGAUUCGCGUUUCCAGACGACACCAAAGCGCUACAGAGGCAUUUGUGCGUGUGUCAGCUGAGCCGAGCGCUCGGGCUGCAUCACGCGCUCGACGUGGAGGGAAAGCUGCGGCUCAUCGCCGAGCUCAAAGCGCACUAUCGGCACGGACUGAAGUUUGGGACGAACGCUCUGAAGACGGAGCUGCAGUUCUCUGAUAUGUAUUGUCUCAUGGCAGCUCACGUAUACAUCGACUUGUGGACGGACACCGGGGACGAGGACAUGGUGUGGCAGUCGCUGGGCGUCCUGCAGGAGGGUUUGUCUCACAGUCCCUCCAACGCCCAGUUCAAGCUGCUGCUGCUGCUCCUCUACUGUCGCCUGGGAGCCUUCGAGCCUGUCGUGGAUCUUUAUUCCAGCCUGGACGCCAAGCACGUGCAGCACGACACCAUCGGGUUUCUGUUGACACGUUACGCGGAGUCGUUGGGUCAGUUCGCUGCAGCCUCCCAGUCCUGUAACUUCUCCCUCAGGUUUUUCCACUCGAACCAGAAAGAUACCUCAGAGUAUAUCAUCCAGGCGUAUAAGUACGGAGCAUUUGAGAAAAUCCCAGAGUUCAUUGCUCUCAGGAACAGGUUGAACCAAUCACUGCACUUUGCUCAGGUCCGUACUGAGAGGAUGCUGCUCGAUCUGUUCCUGGAGGCCGACAUUGUGUUGAGUCUGGAGGAGAGUGUGAAGGCCAUGUCUCUGUCUGCAGAGGAGGACGACAUCCCCUGGGACAACAUGAGGGACAACAGAGACCUGACUGUCUUCACCAGCUGGGACCCGAAAGACAGACAGUUAACUGAGGAUCACCGGCGUCGCUCUCUGGAGGAGGAGUCGGUGUGGCUGAGGUUGCGCUCCCUCACUCUUCGCCUCCUCGCCUCUCUGGCGGCGUUGGGACACUCGGCCUCGCAGCAGAACUCCGAGGUGACCAACGAGAACGGUGUCGGAGACAAGUCCUCCAUCCUCAGCAGCCUGCUGUCUCAACUCAACCAGACUCUGCAGACGGCCGUGCAGAUGGCAGAAAAACGCGUACAGUAUCCAUUCCUGGGACCCCCCUCCACCCGUCUGGCCCCGGCGCUGUCCAGUGGGAGCUGUCAGUGUCAGGCUGCAGCGCUCCAGCUGUCGGUCCACAUACAGGAGCUGGAGACUGUCGGACUCGACGAGCCGUCGGAGCUGCAGACUCAGAUCUGUAACGGUUUCCAGUCAUUAGUAGUUCAGCUUCAAGAAAUUCUGAAUAAAUGCAAAGGAGAUGUGUUGGAACUGAAAGAGGGCAAAUUAAAAACGCAGCCCUCCUUAUUAGAAAACUUAAUCUUCUUUGUGGAGACGGUGUGCAUAGUCUUCUGGAUGGCGAGUCACUGUGCCAAGAUCCUCCGACCACUGAAGACGAGUCUACAGAAAAAGAAGAAGAAGAAGAAAAAGGAUGCGAACACAGCGAUGCCGGCGGUGGUUUGUGGCUUCCAGGAGCUGACGGGGAGCUUGCAGGACCUGCUCGCCCAGGCUCUGGAGCAUAUAAAGGGGCAGGAGACAGGCCUGACAGCCCUUAAACUGGCCAGUUUAAGCUUGGACGGAUGCCCCGAGGAUGAAGCUUCGUUUAUGAAGGCUGCUAUGGACAAGGUGCAGAGCAGUUACCUGCGCUCUCUACAGGAGGUGGGAGAUCUGCUCAAGAAGAGAGCGGAAACUAUAAAGAACCUCAAGAUCUGAACACCAUCACACACACACCCACCCAAAUAAAGACGACUCUACCCCCCCCCAUCAUCAUCAUCAUCAUCAUCAUCAGCCCCUGAACGCCCCACACCGCCGUCUGUCAGCCCACCAGCCAACCCACGAGCCCGACAAACCCGGCUCGCCCCGGCUCGGCUCGACCCGCCCGCCUGCCGAGCACACAGUCGUUACUGACCUCCCCCCCUUUUUUUUUUUCUUCUUCCUGUAACCUGGAUUUUUUUGUUUUCUUCCUCUUCUUUCACCUUUCAGACACACAAACACACCUCUGGGACAUUUGCAACUCUUAUAGCACACGAGCUUGUAAGUAAAAAAACAAUAAAUCAUGACUUUAUACAGCAGUUAUAAGAAAACUAGGUGGGGAGGAAAAAACAAAAGAAAAGAAAAAGACGCGACUCCUUUUAAAUAUUAAAAAAAAACAACAAAAAAAAAUACAGAAAUAGAGCAAAUUAGGAGAAAAUGAAUACGCAAGCAGUUUUAGAUGAAAACUAAUCUAAUAAAUUAUUGUACAUAGAGAAAAAAAAAAAGAGCAACUACCGCUACAAUAUACGACACAAUAAACCACUAUUCUGUUCGUCAGUUAUGUUUCCUCUUUAUUCCUCACUUUGGUUUCCUUCUGGUGACACACACACACACACACACACACACACACACAGGACUGUUAACACUAAGGAGGAAACGUGCUGCUGUUCCAGCUGUUUCUCUGCGUCGAGCGGAAACGGGCACAAUUUUAUUAUUUUUUUUUGCAUUGAACUGAAGGAAGCGAGGACUGAAAGUUUCCCACUCAACUAUUAUUUUUCUCACUUUUCUUCCUUUUUGGUUUUUGUUUUUGCUUCGUGUACUCGUGUGUCGCUUUGGUACCGACAGUGGAGCCUCCUCUGUAGUCGCAGUAUUAUUAUUAUUAUUAUUAUUAUUAUUAUUAUUAUUAUAAUAAUGAGCAGCGGUGGGAUGGACGCCGCCGCUGUUCUUCUUCUUCUCCUUAUUUUUUUUAUUCCUAGUAGAAGUGUGGUGCUCGUGAACAUGUCUGCUGUGGAAUAAUCGGGUUGUUCCAGCACAAAAAGAAACAAACAUCAGGCAUGGAUCCAAUCGUCAGAAUCCUUUUUAAGACUGGACUGGUUUAUAGUGAUUGAAUGAACAUCUUAAAGGAGCAGUUCACCCCAGAAUCAAACAUGCAUAUAUAUAUUUUUUUUUUACUCCUGCCUGUAGAACUUUUAAUGCACCUGGAUGUUUUUUGGUGUGAGCUGCAGAGUUACUGAGAUGUCUGUCUGUCUCUUUCUAGAAAUCAUGACCCGGUUAUUUAAAAUAAUCCAGCCAUUGUGGUGAGCAGGAACUACUUUCCUUCCUAAUGAACAAAACCCACCGACUGUAUCACCGAGCAGAAGGAAGGAGUUGGAUGCAUGUUUCCUUCUGCGCGUUGAUAUGGAAAGAAAGUAGUUCCUACACGAAACUACUCACAAGAAGGUGUGUGGAUCAUCUUGAGUAACCUCUGCUAGCUGAGUUCAGAGGUGAAAUAUGUAUCUUUUUGUAUUUUGGGGUGGACUGUCCCUUUUAAAUAUGAAUAUCUACCAAAAACAGUGUUUUUCUCCUCGUUGCAUCAUUUCCUCUGACACUGCAGAGAAACAUCACCAUCACACAUUUCUCACGAGUAUCUAUUCACACAGAAGUGACGAAAGUACAAAAUCCAGUCUGCGUUUAGUCGUCGAGCAGGUUCUGACCCGAACACUGAGCGGGUUCUGUCCGUACAGCCAGAUAGAUUUUGAUGCAGCUCUGCAGAAUACAAUAAUCCGGGCUUGUGUGUGUGUGUGUGUGUGUGUCAGACGAACAUUGGACCUAAUUGUAAAUAAGCGUGGAGGCUCUGGUGUGAACGUGAGUGUGUUUUGUAGAAGCCGCUGCAGUCGAUACUCUGAGAUUUUCCGUGUGUUGAAUGUUUGUUUUUUUUGUUUUCUUGUUCGUUCCUGCUCAGCCGCCUCAAGUCUCAUGAACCAAAAGCGACUUCAUCAGCUUCAGCAUCUUCUCAGAUCACAGCAGACAGUGACGUAGUUUACAGACGUCACCGCGAGCGCUGAUGCAGGACGUGAGCAGUUUGACUUUUGUUUUUGUUUUGUUGUUGUUGUACUAUUUUAUUAAGAAUUCGGCAGAGCAAUGUGAACAUGUGAGUAACUGGUGAACCCUCCCUCUUCCUGUUAGUCUUGUAUACAAUCACACACACACACACACAUCUGCGAAUAAUAAAUGCCUUUUUCUUUUGUUUUGAACACUCGAGCCCGUCUGUCUGAGCGGAUCGGCGGCUGCAGAGAAGACGUUUGUGAUCAGACUUCAUGUGUUUGUUGUUGUUGUUGUUGUUGAGGUUCAGAAUAAUGGUCGACAAUCUGGAGCGUCAUCUCACCACCCUCUUUUGUUAGAAAAUGGAAAACAGAAACACUGGAAUGUCAAAGCUUUUUUUAAAUAAAAAAAGUAAAUGUGA